GGAUUGGAUAAUUUAGAUUACAUAAUGAAAUCAUGACAUCCACUACAUCCGAUGAGUCAGUGCGCCAGUGUCGAGUAAUUAUUAGCAGUCACUUCCUUGUAGAUCCAGCGCACCAGUAAAACGCUCGUGACUAAUCUGCUCUGCUGGUGGCACGCUUUUGUCCUUCUAAAAACCAUGACUUUAUCAUCAUCCAUGAAAGACUACGAGAUAUUCAUGUCCACGGUCCAGAAGCCGCCCGAACCGGAGCAAAGCUUUGAGGAGCUACGCGUAAAAGAAUACAUCAAAGCAUACACAGCGACCGGUCGACCACCAGCGCCAGUCCCAGAACUACCAAAUACUCCAAAUGCUAGAUAUGCACUCGGCUUGCCAGCGAUAUUUUCUCCCAUUCCAAUAGAAUCGACUCCGAGCAUCAGCCCUGCAAGUAUUGUGGCAGAGAAGGCCAUAACAAACCCCAGUGAUCUGCCCACCAUCCAAGUAUUUCAGUCGACUAAGACACCGAUCGAAGGGCAGUUCCAGAGCAUCACAGCACAACCUACUUUUAGCUUUUUCUCCUAUGAAGAAUUACGGUUUUAUGCAUAUCUUUCGGGGAACAUCAUGCCUCCGACCACAGAUAUACUCUCGUCGGACAAUGUGCCAACACAAGUCAUCCAUCCAUUUUACGCCAAUGACUCAGUAGCAACCGCAUUCACGCGCGCCAGCUUGGGCCCUGACGCUUCAGAUGCCUACAUGAGCAUCACGGCGUCUCUCAAAUUCGAUAAACAUUCAUUCGAGGAACUACGGCUAGCGUACCGUCUUGCUGGCAAGGAGCUUACCUCAUUCGAAAUUUCCACUCGUGGGUUGCUACAGUGGAAGACAGACGAUGUUUUCAGUAACCACCCGCGCCCAGGGUAAUUCUGUUGUAUGGUGGAUGUUUGGUUACACUUUGACUUGCCGCUAAGCCGCACGAAUUUUCACUGUCCGUUGUUCGAGUGUUGAUUAUUGUUUGCAUCAUUUACCGUAUACCAUCAUCGUUUCGCGUUUCGUACUUGUACUACAUGUACAGAAUGUUGUUGUUCUGGGUAAUGAUCGAGAAGUCUAGUGUACACAACAUGUAU